AGGGGAGAUGGAUGCAAGCACAUCUCCAUGUGCUUGCAAAAAUGCAACUGUGGAAUGGGGCUGGCUGGGCUGCUGCUCUACCAAGUCUACCUCACCAGCUCUAGCUUUUUUCCCCUGUCUAUAAAUACGGAGGCCUCUCCUUUUUCUACCCAUGGUGGUGUGGUGGCCCUUUUCUCCCUUUGCGCCUCGCGUGCCCUAAUUUCUCGCUGCCUCCUGUCUCCUCCAAUCCUUUCCUUUCCUUUACCCCCACUUCCAUAUAUACACAUACACCGCUCUGUCCGAACCAACACACACACUCUCACAGACCCACUGGGGUGAAGAGAGAGGGGGGCUCACACUGAGCUGCUGGGUGAAGAGAAAGGAAGGGAGAGGGAGAAUCUUUCGGUUGAGAUCUCCCUUUGCAAUAAUUCUGGGCUUCCUCCUCACCUGCUAUCUCUCUCUCUAUUGGAGCUGGGUGUUCUUGAUUGAGAGGCCAGGAGCAGAGCAAGAACAGGAUGGUGUAGUGGUGCCUCUCUGCUCCAGCCUAAACGCAUUUAAGCAUCCUCCCCCACCCAGUGGUCACUGCUCAGCUCGUGCAAACAGCUGCUGCUGUUCUUCUUCUCCACUCAGAGCAGGGAGCCAACCAGAAGCCAUGCCUGUUCUUCCCUGAAUCAACGUGCGUGUGUGUGUUCUUCUCUUCUUUCAUUCUGAGGAGAUACAAUUCCCAUCCAUAUCCUUCUAUCAUACCAUGUGUUGCAUUAAGCUAAAGAUCCCAUAAAAUAGUGCAGUAUGAGGAGAGAGGAGUUGAGAUGGGCGAUGGCCUGUGCAAGUGCAGAUGCAGAUGAAGGAGAGACAGCGGUGGCGGCCUGAGGAAGACGCCAUCCUUCGAGCCUACGUCCGGCAGUAUGGGCCCCGGGAAUGGAGCCUGGUGUCGCAGCGGAUGAACGUGGCCCUGGACCGCGACGCCAAGUCCUGCCUGGAGCGCUGGAAGAACUACCUCCGGCCCGGGAUCAAGAAGGGCUCCCUCACCGACGAGGAGCAGCGGCUCGUCAUCCGCCUCCAGGCCAAGCACGGCAACAAGUGGAAGAAGAUCGCCGCGGAAGUGCCCGGGCGCACGGCCAAGCGGCUGGGCAAGUGGUGGGAGGUGUUCAAGGAGAAGCAGCAGCGGGAGAUCAGGGAUUCACGGCGGCCGCCCCCCGAGCCUAGCCCCGACGAGCGGGGGAGGUACGAGUGGUUGCUGGAGAAUUUCGCGGAGAAGCUUGUCAAGGAGAGGCAGAUCGCGGCGCCGCCCGCCAUGGCUGGUGGUGCGCCCUUGCUCCCGCCGUGGAUGUCGUCGUCCAACGCGGUCGCCAUGGAUGUCGUAGGGCCCCUGCCACCGCCUUCGCCGUCCGUGACGCUCAGCCUCGCGUCCGCUGCCGUCUCCGCUCCCCCGCCAGCGGCGGCGGCGCCAUGGAUGCAGCAGCAGCAGGAAGCGUUCGGGUUGGUGGCGGCUAGGGUUCCGGCGGGGGACGCGAUGGCGGAGGUGGCGGAGUGCUGCAGGGAGCUGGAGGAAGGGCACAGGGCGUGGGCAGCGCACCGGAAGGAGGCGGCGUGGAGGCUGAAGCGGGUGGAGCUGCAGCUGGAGUCGGAGCGGGCGAGCAGGCGGAGGGAGGCGGCGGAGGAGUUCGAGGCCAAGAUGCGGGCGCUGUGGGAGGAGCAGGCGGCCGCCGUGGAGCGGCUGGAGCAGGAGUACCGGGACAAGGUCGCGGGGCUCCGCCGCGACGCCGAGCUCAAGGAGCAGAAGAUGGCGGAGCAGUGGGCGUCCAAGCACGCGCGCCUCGCCAAGUUCGUCGACCAGGUCGCCGGCGCCUCCUCCUGCCGCCGCUGGCCGCCCGGCGAGAUGAACGGCGGCGGCCGCUGACUCGCCCGCGCCGCCAUUCGAUCUCCUCUCUCUUAGUGGAAGUGGAACGCCACGUUCGAAACCACAUCGACACGCUGCAUUUGUUUAGUUUUCUCUCGAGAUCGUAUUAUCUCGUUUACUGCUGUUGGAAGCUUCGCUUCUCUUUUUAGGUGAUCAUCAGAAAUGUAAUGAUGCUGCUGCCACUGCCUUAGUUUCGUUUCAUUUCUGUCGUCUUAGAUUACCGUUUCUUAGCACUGAAUAAUAAACUUUUCAGAAAUUUAGGACAAAGUUGCAAAUCA